AAAAAAAAAAAAUGUCUAAAUUAAGCCAUUGUUAAUUUGCUGUAUAUUUAUAAGUUUUUCUUCUCCCCCUCAUUUUUCACCUGCCAGUUAACAUAACUAAAGAGUAUAAAUAAAAACAGCAUGAUCUGCACAUGGCGCAGGGAACAGGUAGCUAGCUGUAGCCACUUCUGUGUGGAGUGAUGCCAAGCACAUGUUAUCCCCCAGUUAAUGUGUGGGGGGUUAAUAAUUGAUGGGAUUAAUGGAGCAUCUUUACUUUAUAUUCUUAACUACAAAUUUCUUGACAGUUGAUAGUUUGGUGAACAUUCAGGAGUUCGUUUAAACGUAUUUGUAUAUUUUUUCCCCUGGAUUUUAUUUGUGAUUCUGGAAGUGAAUAGUGUAUAUUGACACAAUAUAAUUUUGGAUUUUCUGACAUUGACUAAUUGGAGUGGUCCAACGAUUCCUUUGAAGUGCAUUGAUUUUUUUUUCUCUGGCAAACAAUAGCAGAAUUCCAGGAUUUUUUGCUAAAAGUUCAAAGAACCUAGCAUUUCCAGAUGACUGUUCAUCUGAACACAGAGAGGUAAAGAAAUGCAUCAGCUGUUACAUCUGAUUCUGGUUGUGCUACCCUCACUGUUGACCACUACAAAUGGUUGUGGCAGAACACCAGCUACUCCUCGUCCCACCACUGCAGCGCCAGUGACAGUUACCACCACAUUUGUCAGUCACCGCAAAUCGUGCUCAGCCAAUGAAACGCAGGCCCAGGGUUGUCUGAAUGGAGGGACCUGCUUUGCGUUAGAGAUUGAAGAAGGGGAAGAGAGAACUACACAUUGUCAAUGCCAAGAAAAUUAUAUUGGAAAAACCUGUUUCUACAUUGAUCCAACAUUGAUAUUUCAACGGGAGAGGGAUGACAGAGUUAAGGCAGCAGCUAUAGCAGCCAGUGUUGUGGGCAUUGUUCUCUUUGUUACCGCCAUUGUGUGUGUCUUAGUGCUACGUAAAAGAUACCUCAGGAGGAAAGAAAUGGAGAAGAAGGAAAAGGAGAAAGAGCCUUUGAAUGAUCUUGAACAGGAAACAGUGCCUAGGGGAGACAAUGAGGGAUCAACUCUCAUGAACGGUGGCCAUCAAGUCAGUUCUGUAUAGCAUUAACACUGACCCACUGAUAACUCAGAAGGACAUUUAGAAAAUUUAACUUCUCAAGUGAAAUAAAUAAAGCAGCUGCAUUUCAUUGUGAUAGUGACACAUUUAAAGAGCUACAGUGUGAGAUUUUGUGACUUUUGAAACAAUGUCUUUCCUAUUUUUGCAUUUAUCUCAGACGCAAGAUGUGAAACACAAACUAAAAAAAAUGGAAGCAAGACAGUGUGCCAUGAUUGUGAAAGUUUACAAAACUUUUGGUAAACCCAGUGAUACAGUGAGAGUGCACUGAUAUUUCUCUACAUUAUCGUGUAUUGCAGAAUUUAUUAUCUAUAUACUCAUUUUAAUGAAAUCCAACAGACAGAGCAGCCAAAAAGAGAUCACACAUACCUUCAUCAACAAAUCAAAGCCUGUUACGCACAAAGGACUGAGAGAAUUUUAAAUGAAAGCAUUAUGAGAUCAAAAAUAAUUUCAAAAUAUUUCAAAAUGGCAAAUAUAAAUUUUUAAUUAUAAUUGAGAGUGGCUAAUGAAUCUGUUAUUGGCUUUAUUUUUAAUUAAGGGGUUUCCACAAACCCUAUUGCUAGGGCAUAUAAUGUUAUGGGUUUCUUCUUUAUAUUUUUAAUUUGAUUGAGCUUUUUUGACUCCUUUUAAAACUAAUUAUUUUUGUGAUAUAUUGUUUUUUUGACAUAUAAUUUAUAUUAGCAUACUCUCACAUGCUUUAUAAUAACAUAUGAAAACAAUAAAUGACUUAUUUGCAAACAAAAUAAUUUGAUCCGAAACAUUUAACUGGUCAAAAUUUGAAUGUCCAUAUGUUUAUUUAAAUAUUUGUCACUACAAACUAUUAUCUGUACCAAACAAAAAAAUCCUACAAAAAAAAUACAUUUAUUCGGACAGUGUAUACUGAUAUAACAUAUGCAUUAAGUAUUUAGGUAAAUUAUCUUGUAUAAAACAGAGAACGUUAUUUUUACAUGAGUUGUAAAAUUGCAAUACAUGUACAUUGUUUUUCUGUUUUUAUAGAUCUUCAAGUUUGGUAUUUUAGUGCAUAUCAAUACUUAAGCUUAAAUUGUAGACAAUCAAAAUUAUAUUCUUAUUUUGCUAUGUCUAUAUGUUGAGGAUUCUAUCAACUAAAAAAAGAUAUCUGCUUUUAAAUUGGAUUGAUUGAGGCUUUAUUAUUAGAUAGAUAGAUCUUUUAUUGGCAGACAUGUUUCGUACUUUGUGUUUGAACAAAUAUUUUGUACAUAUUAUUUUAUUUAUUUAUUUUAUAAAUUGAACUUGUGAAGGGUUCAUCAUUAUUGUUGCAUAUCAUUAUUAGCUUGUAUAUCAGUUUGAUUACAGCAUAUAGUUAGGUCUCUUAAUAAAUUGCACUCAGUUCAUACUGUACACUAUACUGAGUUCAUUGUUGUUGUAUUGACAUUGCAUUUACAUCUUUUAUUGUGCAAUAUGUUGACAUAUUUGAGUUAUUCAUACAUUGCAUACUUGUAAAAUUACCAUAUAUGCAUGUUAUCAAAACACUUUAUUGUAGGUUACAACAUGAAAUUAUUUACUAAAUACAUAACUGAUUGCAGCUACUUUGCUGUAGUGAAGAUCAUAUCAUACCUUGAUCCAUCAUAUGCAGUGUCAAUACCUUUUUCCAAACAUUAUGUAAACCAUUGACACACAAAGGUUGUAUCCAGAAGAUGGGGGGUGGGGGUGGUUCAAAAUUUCAGAAGCAUUGACUUGAAUUUUCAAAUUGUACAAAAUUUUUUUCGUCAUCGCGGUUGUAAGUUUAUUAAUGAUGCAUGUAUUUGAUCCUUUGCAGACAUUUCAUGUCCAGUCUGUAUGAUUCACAAAGAAAUAAAUAUUUACUUAUAUAAA